AAGUAUCUUCAAGACAUAGCUGGUACUGAGAAGUAUUUUAUUGGAUUACUACUGCAACCUUCAGAGAAAAGGUGGCAGUGGCGCUGGAUCAACAACUCUGUAUUCAAUGGCAAUGUUACCAAUCAGAAUCAGAACUUCAGAUGUGUCACCAUAGGCCUGACAAAGACAUUUGAUGCUGCAUCAUGUGACAUCCACUACCGCUGGAUCUGUGAGAAAAAUGCCAAGUGAUCAUAGUUCUGUGACAAGAACAAACACACUUGCAGAGAUAGCAAAAAAAGAGUAGUAGCAACUGAGACUGGGCCAGGAAAUACAGAAUAUCAGAUCACUGAAUCCAUCUUUCAUGGGUUCCUGACAGAACUCCCUAAUGAAUUUUCAGUGUUAAUGUGCCACUCCUUCCACGCAUAGUCUCAUAUACACACAAUCAGAAAGAUGUGCUGUUUGGAGCCAGACAUCCCUAAGACCACAUUUCCUGUCAUGCUUUUUGAAUCCUCACAGAUUCUCUAGUUUAUUACAGAUUCUAUUAUCUAUUUGCCCACUAGUAGAGGUCCUUGCUUAUUUGGAAAAUGACCUUCAACAUUCUUUUGGGAACUGGAUGCUACUCAUCUAUAAGAGACAGGCCAAUUCUACAGAAACAGCACUGUUGGAAUAGAAAUAUAAUCUGUUUCAAAAGAGCUGAGCAUUUCUGACUGAUCAACAGGGUGUAGCCUGUUGACAGAAUUUGUUUUAUCCUCAGAGCACAUGACCAUGCUACUGGGGAGAAACUGCAGACUGAACUGAUAGGAGGCAGAAUGGGUGGAAAGGGAUGAACUCAGUUUCUGAGACUCACCUCUGUUUUCAAGAGGACAGACAAACACACACCCCCAUCAACAUGCCUCCCUUACAAGGUGGGAAAGCAAGACUCUCCUCAGUAUGAAUUGAGGCCAUGCCUUGGGGAAGUUACUACAGCUGAACUUGGAAAAGAAGACAUUGUUUGUGGGGACAGGGAUCUGGAAAGGACAAGAAUCUGUUCAGAGACCCUCUGAAGAAAACCAGUCAGUCAAGGAACUAAACAAAUAGGAUCUCUAAUCUUCAGCAAAGCCCUGAAAAAAAUACUCAAGUUAAAAUUUUUCUUGUCCUGGUAUAAAUUUCUAUUACAUCAUUAUUCAUUUGCAACUGGAGUGUUGAUGAGCAGAUUCCCUUCCCUAUACAGGUUUUAUUCCCCAACCCUGUUUUUUUUUAGUAAAUUUUAAGAAUUUGAGAAAAUCUUUUGGGUCCCAAUGGUUACAAUAUAUUCUUCUCUUCAGUUCUAGAGAAAACCUGACACCAGGUACAGCCUAGUGAUACAGAUAAGUCCUGCACUGGUUGGCAUCAUAUUGACCCACAACUGGUCCAGCUAACCUAAAUGCAGAAAAAGAAGAGGGCCAUACAAAGAAAAAUAGGAUGGAACCAAAGAGAAUACCAGUAAAUGGAAUCAUAUGAGAAACAAAACAGGGAGUUGAUUUGGCUACACUGAAAGAAAGAGGUAGAAAAAACUUGGGCACCUUUGCUGUUCUCUGAAUUCACAUGAAGAUAUAGCUACUUUAUACCUCAGGACAUAAAAGAGAAAAAGUGAUGAACUGUUUGAUCUAAGUAACAAGAAUUAAACAUAUGGAAGACUGUUCUAAUGGAAACUAGUCACCUAAGUAAAUUAUUUCCAUUUGUAUCUAAUAAUAAUGUACCACAAUAAUGACUGUAUAUAUCAUUAGUAAAAAUUAAUUGUCACAAAUUAUAUCUUUUAUUACAACACUAAGUUUUGUUUCUAUAUUUCUAGCUUUCAUAAUUUUUGGUUCAUUAUCAUGACCACUUAUAAUUUUUAAAGAUGAGACAAUGUACUAGGUUAGAACUGGCUUAAAGGAGGUUUCCAGAAAUAAUCCAUAUUUUGGGGGGUAGAUAUUGAAAUUAUGUUAAUCCUUGUGGAGAUGAAAGUUCCCUGAUGGCGUGAGUAAUCAAGUGCCACAGUUGAGGAGGAGGAGAGGCUGAGUCUGUGUUGGAGAAAAGAAUAAACCAAAUUCUAAUGAUAGGUAAGUCCCAGAACUCAGACAACAGAAAGGAAAUCAUAAUCCUUCUGUUUUGAGAAAAGGGAACUAUAAUUGCCACACUUCCUAUUUUAUGACAGAAUACUUGCAAAUGUUUGAGGUCAGGAAAUGUAGACAUCUAGUGAUUUCUGUGGUUGAAGCCCAAAGUUUUCCCCAAGAUGAGGCUGUCCUUCUGUGCAAGUUCUAAAAGAAGCCUAGUGGACUGGGGUAAGUGUGGAGAGUAUGCAGGGAACAUGUGGACUUUUGUUUAAUGUCAUUCUGGGGAAGGGGCUCAGGAUUCUUAGAAAGGUAGAUUAAUGUGGCCUUUAUUAGGCAGCAAUGGCUUAAAAAUGGAAAUUAAAUCAUUGGAUUAGAGUUUUGAUUUUGCUUCUAAUAUGUUGUAUGAAAACUGCAUAGAUUUUUUACACUUUCUUGUGUCUUAGUUUCCUUACCUAUAAAAUGGAGCAGUGAUACCUAUCUCAUGAAAUUUUUAAUAUGUUGGAUAAGAUCCCUUUUAUAUAUCUCAAUGAAAAAAAAACAUAAGGAGCACUUUGUGGAAGAUUUGUUGAAGAUCCACAACCAACAAUUAGCUUUUCAAUUUGUUAGAAGCAGAAUGUAAGCAAGCCGCUUAAUUUCUCAAAAUUUGUUUACACACUUAUAAUAUGGAGAUAAAAAUCUGCCCAAGUCAGAAGAGUGCCUCAAAAAUUCUGUGACCAAUCCACUUAAAGAUCAAAGUCAUACUUUCCAUGACUACAAAUGUGGGCCCAGCCUAAGCCAGUCCACCCCCAUCCAACACUUAGACUCAUCCACAAACUUACCUGAGAUCAACAGAGCCACCAGCUAAGCCUAGGCUAAAUAGGCUGGAACACUAAAGCAUGAAAAUAAAAGCUUAUUGCUGUAUGACACGGGAGUUUUGCAGUUAUCUGACAAUGCAUUCUCCUACCUAACCUUCUUUCUUCUUGCCUUACUGGUCAUUUAGCUUACUGUACUCCCAGCAAUCAGAAUAAUCUAUGAAACAUUAGGUGCUAUCACUCUUCUUCAACACCGUAAAAUGAUUUUCUAACUCAUUCCUAAAAACUUACAGGCUUCCCAGGUUCAACAUGCUCUACAUUCCAAUCAUCUCUGUGUCAUUUUCUCUUACAUACUCCUGGGCUCAGUCCAGUCCAGCAACUUUGCCUAUUUCUUCCCUAGGAUCUUCUACUUAUUAUUGAUAUGUGUGGACAUGUUCUUUAAAAAUGUCAUAUUUUUCAGUAUUUUGCAUCUCUCAAGUUUCCCUGACAACCUUAUUUAAAAUUACAGCAGUACCGGAACAGAUAUUCCUCUUCGUUCCUAUUUCAGUUUCCUUUUAAGUUUCAUAAAUUCAUUGGUUUUGGUACAUUCACAGUUAUUGGAACCAUCACCUCAAAAAAGAAGCCUAUACCCAUUAGAUGUCACUACCCUAUCCUUGCACUCACCUCAACCCUACAACCACUUACAUUACCUUAUUCUGGGCUUUCAUACUAGUAGAAUCAUAUAAUAUGUGGUCUUUUUGGACUGGCUUCUUGCACUCAACAUGAGGUUUUUAGGGUUCAUCCGUGUAUUUCAGCAUGUAUGAGCACUGCAUUCAGGAUCUUGGUCUAUGUGUUAAAGUGUUGGUCCCUAGGACAGUGAUAUUCAGACUUGAUGGAACUUUUAAGAGACAGUGCCUACAGGAAGGUCUUUAGGUCACUUUUCAGGCAUGCCGUCAAUGGGACCCCAUCAUCUUGCUUGUUGUCCAUGUUGUGGGUGGUUUUGCAGCAUCAUGUGUUGUGCUGCUUCACCACACAUGCAAAAGCAAUUGGACCAAUGGAUCAUGGACUAAAGCCUCCAAAAGUGUGAACUUUUUGUCUUUGUAAGUUGAUUAUCUCAAGUAUUUUUCACAGUAACACAAAAUUGACUAACACAAUCAGUAUUUGUUCUUAGAGCUGAAUAAUUCCAUGUUUGUUUAUUCAUUCAUCAACUGAUGGGCAUUUUAGGGGGUUUCCAUCAUCCAACUAUUUAGAUAGUGCCACUAUAGACAUUCGUGAACAAGUUUUCUGUGUGUAGGUUUUCCCUUCUUUUUGGCAUAUAACUAGGAGUGAAAUUGCUGGGUCAUAUAGUAAAUCUAUGAUAAAUUGAGAAACUGCCAGUUUUUGAAGAGCAACUCACCACUGUAUCUUCCCAUCAGUAAUGUAUAUGGGUUCCAACCUUUCCACAUCCUUGUCAACACUUGUUAUUUUCUAACUCUUUGAUUCUAGCUAUUCUGUUGUGUAUGAAAUGUAUCUCAUCAUGGUUUUAAUUUGCAUUUCCUGAUAAUAAAUGAUGUCAAGCAUCUUUUGGGGUGUUCGUUGCCUUUUGGUAUUUCUUCCAUGAAGAAGUAUCUAUUCAGAUACUUUGCUCAUUUAAAUUUGCUCAAAAUAAACUGUAUGCAUAUACGGAAUUUUCACAUGAAACCUACUUGUACUAUGAU